AUGUCGACUUUAGACAGUACCAUCUACAUCUUGUACAACGCCAAUGCUUCUUUGCUUGGUAAACUCAACUACGUCUGUCGGAAAUUCACCGCGUCACCCGAUUCAAGCGCGUGUGCAGCGUGCGACUUGACUCACGGCGGGCUCCAUCUGGACGAGUCUGCUGCCUGGAAGAAGACAAAAGCUCGCAUCGGCGCCAACGUCGAACAACUCCAUCGUGACGAGUCGACCUCCGAGGUCCGCGACUUCAUCAAAGCGAACGCUCUCAAGUACCCUGUCGUUUUAGGUCGAGCCGGAACAUCUCCUUUUAAAGUUCUCCUCAAUUCCGAAGACCUUUUAAAGGUAUCAACCAACCAUUCAGCAUUUCUCGCUCUCCUUGAGCAAAGGGCAGAGGGGGAAAAGAUCCCUCUCGUGAUCGAGAGUCAGCAGUAA